UUUAUGUUGCAAAAUCCACUUGAAAAGAGAUAACAAGGCCUUCGGUUCUUAAUCAGAGGUGAGUUUUUGGUAGAAACAAAAAAUGGAGAGAGAGUUACAUGGUAUUAAUAAUGAAGAAGAGAAUACUAAUUUGGUGGUAUCAGUGGAUGAUGAUAUUCAAAUUCUACAGCAGCAGCAGCAGGAUUGUACUGAUUUUGAUCCAAUGGAUGAAACAGAUAUUUGGCUAAAUGAAAAUUUCUCUACUGAUUUUACUUCUCUUCAAGAUUUUCCAUGCAUGUCUUCUUCAUCAUCAACUUCCUUUUCCCCUCCUACGGAAUCUGAUCCAUCUUCUGGGGUUGUUUUAAAAUCUGAUGCUGAUGAACAAGAUUUCGAAAAAAAAAUCGAUACAUUUGGUGACCAAGAAUGUCUGAACGUCAUGGAUAAUGUUGGAUAUAUCGAUGUUAAUGAGUUUCUUGACCCUAUGAUUUCAUUUCUUCAUAAUGAAAAUCCUCAGGAGCAGCAGCAACAACAACAACCACCACAAGAAGGAGACGAUCAGGGGGGGCUUUCUUUUUUUCAAGGGGAUAGUGAGCUUGCACUUAUGUUUUUCGAAUGGCUAAAGCAAAACAGAGAUUACAUUUCUGCUGAAGAUAUGAGGAGUAUUAAGCUUAAACGUUCGACGAUUGAAAGUGCUUCGAAACGAUUAGGAAGUACUAAAGAGGGGAAAAAACAGCUGUUGAGACUCAUUCUUGAUUGGGUUGAACAACAUAGAUUGCAAAAGAAACAAAUGAGAGAAGCUGAAGCCAUUAAUCAACAAGUUCUUCAAAACUCUGUCCCUUAUAGUUUUGAUCCAAAUGCUUGUUUUUAUCCCCCUCAGUGGAUUCCAAAUGCACCUUUCCCCGAUUCGAGUACCCCAGUCAUGACAGGGCCAAUACAGGGGUACAUUGGUGAUCCUUAUUCGAACGGAGGUUUAUUUCCACCUCCUUUUAGUCAAACAAUGAGUGGAGGUGCAACUUCACCGGCUUCAGCAGAAUAUCAACCCAUGGACACUUCUCAGUCCUUGUCUCCGUCGCAAUUUACAAUGGCGACCGCGUCUCAAUACAAUCCAUUUCCUGAGAAUGAUAGUACAAAUAAUGUUGCUAUGCCUGAUCAGUCUUUAUUCGGUGCUCAAUAUGAUCCCUACCAACUUUUCGAUGGGAAUGGUGAGAUAUUGCCAAGGUUAGGAUCUUGUGCUACUAAAGAAGCUAGGAAGAACAGAAUGGCUAGGCAGAGACGACUGCGGCCGCAUCAUUAUCGCCACCAAACUCGGAUUCCAAGACAAAUUACUAAUGAGCAAAGUGUAAUGAUGGGUGGGGAGAUCAAUAAUAAUUAUGUAAUGACUCAAGCUAACAAUCCAGGAAAUUGGGUAUGUUGGCCUUCUCCACCAAUGGCGAUGGUUUCACAAUCACUUCCACCGGAGAGGCCGGCUACGCAAUCACAGAACCAGCAGAAGCAGGUUUCGGCUUCGGCUGACAAAAAACAGGCAUUUAAAUCAGAGAAGAAUCUGAAGUUUCUCCUGCAAAAAGUGCUGAAACAAAGCGACGUUAACAAUCUCGGAAGAAUUGUCUUGCCAAAGAAAGAAGCAGAACGUCAUCUUCCACAUCUUGAAACAAGAGAUGGAAUUUCAAUUGCCAUGGAAGACAUCGGAACUUCUCGUGUUUGGAACAUGAAAUAUAGAUUUUGGCCAAAUAACAAAAGCAGGAUGUACCUUCUUGAAAACACAGGUGAUUUUGUUAAAGCUAAUGGACUUCAAGAAGGCGAUUUCAUUGUAAUAUAUGCUGACAUGAAGUGUGGCAAAUAUUUGAUACGAGGAGUAAAAGUGAGGCAGAAUGGACCAAAGUCGGAGGGCAAAAAACAAACGAAGAAAAAUCCUCGUAAGUUGUCAUCUGCAGCUGCUAUUAGCUCAUCUCCAGUUGCUCAAGCAGUUAGAUAAUUAAUCUCAACAAGUUCCCAAAUUAGUAUCAAGAGUAUGAUAUUGUAAACUAGAUUUCUCUGUAUAGAUGUUGGAAUUUUGGCAAAGUGUUGUAGUAGAUAAAUAUGUAAGUUGAAGUUGUAAUCGGUGCGUAAAUGCGGGAUGUUUUGUGGAUUGGGCUGUCUUUUUUCUUCUGCUAUCUGAACGUGUUGUAUGUAUGUUUUUCUAAGUUUAGAUCAUGUAAUGACCAUCAAUUAUAAUCUACUUUAAGUUGCA